UUGAAAUAUUGAUUGAUAGGGAUCCAAAGUUAACCUCGCCAAUCACUUGGAAAAAAUGCUCGCUGAUCAUCUUCACUUGGCGUGCGAAGUCGUCGAUGAUCAGAAGAUUGAGCUGGAGAGGCAAGCUGAUAGGUUACGGCUGCAAGACCAGGCAAUCGUCCAGCUCAACGAUACAGUGGUCAAAAUUAAACAACUCUUUGACCAGCAGGUUAAACUCCGUGAAAACCAAGAUAAAGCAAUCGAAAAACUCAACGAACAGCUAAAAGAACACAAGAAGAAUUCAAGCAARCUGGAAAAAGAYGUUAAAKCAAAGUUAWGCGAGCUGGAGAAGGAAAAGAAAGAYGUAAAUAGUGAAAAACUUUGCCGUUAUCCAGGAUUGAAUGGCUACGGCGAGCAAAUAUGGCGGAUAAACAACUUUUUGAAAAGACUUUCACGUAUAAGGUCAGGUCGAGGCGACGACCCACUCUGUAGCGAGCCUUUCUAUACGUCRGCAUUUGGGUACAAAGUCUCCUGUUGGGCUUACUUAAACGGCCGUGGAAAAGAACARGGACAGAGCUUGUCUCUAUACGCAUGCGUCAUGUUCGGAGAGUAUGACGCAAUACUCAAGUGGCCAAUCAGACCACAGUAUACCUUUAUACUAAUCGAUCAGAAUCCGGAAGUCGAAAAAAGAAGGGACAUUGAGCGCGUGCGYAAGGUGCAUGAUUUUAAACGUGAUGACGUCAGACGAAAAGGUAUCGAUCGACCGAAACGCGACGAACGGGCRAUAAUUGUUGGAUUUGAUGACUUUGUGUCGUUGGAGAAAAUUGAGAAUGGACACUACCUUGUCGAGGACACGUUGUUCAUAAGGAUCUUGGUACAUAUGCCAGAGCACUGAUUGACAGUUACUAUGGCUACCUUGAGGAUCAUGACAGCGCCGUGUGGGAUUCCUUUGGAUUUCAGUGGCAUUGCGGAGUACCUGUGGAACUCUAGAUCGAAAUUUCUAUUGAACAGUGCUCAACAUAAUCGAUAAAUCACUUUAAUAAAACAGAAACAAAAUGAAACACAGUAAUGAGACAUACAGCGCUUCAGUAUUAUAUCAGGACUAGUCUCCUUCACGYUUACGUGCGCCAUCUUGAAAGGUAGCCGUGCCUUUGCAUCGAAGCAAAACAA